GCAUAUCAAGAACAACCUCAUUACCAAGAAGAAUUUCUCCCACAACCAGAAGAGCCAUCAGAGCUGGAGUUAGCCAUGGAGGCCUUCACGGGCCACUAUGCAGAGCCAUGCUACACUUCACUGGAAGAUCCGAACAAACAAUUAAGGCUUCUCGUGGAGCAGUUUGCUCGAGACACUGAGAGAUCAUGCUCCAAGAUGGAUCUUCAAAUCAAAGCCCUUGCCCCUUCCGAUCCCUCAUUUCUCCAUGAAAUGGAGGAGACUGUUCAGCGCUCAGCGAAGCAAACAGAGUGGGUGGAGCAAGUUUGCUCACAUCUUGCUCAAGAUCACCUUUCUGCUACCACGCUAAAAGAGGUGGAGGAUGACAAAGGCUACGGGGAUGUUGAGGAGCAUACAGAAGUUAUCACAGAGAACUCCCAUGAUAAUCAUGAUCAGGAAAGUCCUCUGGUUGCAGAUCACACAUUUCCUUAUUUCUGCUCUAACAUGCUAGGCCCGAGCGAGGAGAUGCAAGAUGAUCUCAUUGAAGAAAUUACAUGGCGACUUGGUCUCCAAUCUGUGCUAGAAGAAGAAGAGAAAGAAAGGGUGCAUAAAGAAGUUGUGGAGGAUGACGAAAGUGAAGCAGAAAGAGUUCUUGAUCAUUUCCCAGGGGUGAUACCACAUGAAGAAGAAAAGGAGGUUGAAAAAGCAAUUGGCGUCCAGGCUGAGACGGAGUUAAGGUGGAAGAGGCCUGCACCGGCCAAGAGUUACAUGAGAUAUCUCCACCAAACUUCGAGGAACUACUUAGCAAGGACCCAUUUGCACUGUCUCUUUGCCAGACCAAGGCCACAUCAACAUCGGUCCCUCUUGGUGGACGCGAUGGUGGCCAAUCGAUGCUGUCAUAUCUAAUUUGGGGCAAAGGGACGAGAGAAGAGAAGAAGAGGUCUCGAGGAUGGAGACUUCAUCUGCAUCAAGUGCACGAGUUUCCAUCACCAGUCAUACCACAUGCUCGUGACUUGCGACUCCACCUCAUUGACGAGAACCUCAACUUUAAGGAGGUUCUAGCAUGGACCGAAACUUAGGAGCCAUCGUCCGGCUCACGACGUGAAAGAAGCGCUUAUUGGGAGGCAACCCAACCAGUCAGUUUGCAUUUCUUUCUCUAUUUCUCCUCGGUUGAGUCAGUUUUGUUAUUUGAUUUUAGAGUCAAUAACUCAACCUUUGUGAGAUUUUGUGUGGUGUUUGUGUUCUGAUUACUCUCUCUUUCUGGAAUGCACCGCCUGACCCGUCCAUCAUCAUUCACCCUUGAUCUGGUAACUUCGUUCUACCCUCCUUAUCUUUCCUCCAUUGAGGACAAUGUCGUGCUUAAGUGUGGGGGGUGUUUGAUUAUGUAUGCGGGUGAAUGUUUGGUUGUUUGUGUGCUUGGAGCCUAGCCAUGUGAGAUUUGAGCCUGCUCGUUUCUUUCUUGUGCGAUAGUUCCCUCUUCCAUGAUGUGUAGCAUUCACGUUGUCAUUGGGCUAAGAUGAUGGAGGCAUAGGAUUAGCCCACGACCAAAUUGAUUGUCCUAGUGUGUCAUACCCCCUAGUCAGCCCCUUUGAGCCGUGUGUUAUCCUUUCUUUCGGUUUAUAAUGGAAAAUCACCCUUUUGCAUCUCUUAGAAGGUUCCACGGAGUGGUUUUUGCAUGUUCUCUGCUGUUUCUGCUAAAAAUAAUGUGAGGGUUGGAGGUAGUUCUUAAAAAAGUUGGACAUGUGUUUGAAAAAUGUGCAUAGGUGGUGGUUCUCUCAAGAAAUGAAAAAAAUAAAG